ACCGACGACAUAAAAAAAAGAGGCAAACAAAAAUCUUGAAGUCAACUUGAAGGAGAAAGGAUGUCGAUGUCUACUGAAUUAACACAGCUGGCAGAACAGUUUGCAACAGUGACCGGCUCAACAACAGAAGUGGGUCUGCGUAUGCUUGAAGUAUGUAGUGGCGACCUAGAGAGGGCGAUCUCCAUGCACUUGGACAACGUGAUUGAUGUAGAUGCUAUCCAGGCUAAAAAUGCCGUUGCUACUUCCUCCCAACGUUCGGCUGCUGGUCCAUCAAUACCCCCUGAUGAUUCUGUUCGACCUCCAAUACCAAGUAAAAUGGAUACAUUGGUUGAGGAUGUUCCCACAUUUGGUCCGAUUCCUAGACAAAGAAGAGCAAGGCAGUCAGUGUUUGAUGGUUUACGUGAUUUUCAAGCAGAAACAAGACUCCAGGAGGAGAUGAUACACAAUCCAAAAUCUUCAUCAAAAAAGAGAACAUUGGAAGAUCUAUUCAGACCACCAUUAGACCUAAUGCACAAGGGAACAUUUGUGACGGCAAGAGAAGCAGGCCAGGUGCAGGGCAAGUGGCUGAUGGUCAACGUUCAGAACGUCAGAGAAUUCAGCUGCCAGCAGCUCAACAGAGACAUCUGGAGCGAUUCUACCGUGAAGAGUAUUAUCAGGGAGUCUUUCAUCUUCUGGCAGGUUUAUCAUGAUAGCGAAGAAGGGCAGCAGUACAUGCGGUUUUAUAAAGUCACAGAAUUUCCGUAUGUGUCUAUACUGGACCCAAGAACAGGAGAGCAGAUGGCAACCUGGCACAGAAUAGAUAGCGAAGCUUUCUGUGAUGUUGUGAUGCAGUUCUUAUGCGACCACAAAAUGGACAUUCCAGACAUCGUUCCUCUAUCUCCGCCGGCCGAUAGCCCGUCAUCGUCCGUACCACCUGCCAAAAAAGUUAGAACAUCCAGCAUUAUAGAUGCAAGUGAAGAAAGCCAGAUAGAAGCUGCUAUUGCCGCAUCCCUGGCAGAAGCAGAAGCAGCUCAAACCAAAUCUCCAAAUCAACCCAAAGCAAAGUCCAGCAUCAUUGACAUUGAAUCCGACUCCAACGACGAGGAUGAUGACGAUGCUGUGGAGACGAUAGAGAGCGAUUUUGCCUUCAGCGACUCGGAACCCUCAAGCGAUGCAGUUUAUCAGACGACCAGUAAGACUAAACCAGCACACAGUAAUAAUAAGAGGACAAGUGUAAUCGUUAAUGCCUCCCCCAAAGAAGACGUGGUUCACGAGGUGGAUGAUGAUGAGAAGGAAUCCACCGUGAAAUACCAGAGAACAGAAUCAAAGGAAGCUAAAUCGAAUGGACAGGUUGCACGCAAGGGAAAGAAGGUAUCGACGUGCAAAGGAAAGGCAAGAACUGAAAAUGUGGAUAGCGAAGGGAAGGGAUCGGACAGUAAGGAAGCGGAGGUCGACGGUGUCGAUGGGGAGAAGCAGAACGACGAUGGGGGUAGAUUAUCAGGAGCUGAUGAGGGGGCUGAUGAUGAGGAAGCAAGGGAGGACGAGAACGAAUCGGCUGUAAUCUCAGGUCCAACUACUGAAAUCCUGUUGAGAUUUCCAGAUGGAAGAAGAAAACAGGUGUGUUUAUCAGCUUCAGCGUCGCUCAAGUCCUUGGUUAAAUGUGUCGCAAAGGAAGGGUUUAAAGAGGAGAAGUACGAACUCGUCACAAACUACCCUCGUCGUCGUAUCUCGGCCUUAGACUUGACAACCAGCCUCUCAGAUGCAGGACUCUGUCCCCAAGAAAGCAUCUUUGUCCAGGAACGGUAGCAGACUUUAUGCCUUUCAGAAGAUUGGAAAGUAUGGCAUCAUGAGCUCUUGGGAUAAGACUAACUAGUUUGAAGGCUUGGCUUUAACUGGGCGUUGUGGCAUGCACCUGUAAUCCAAGCUACGUGGGGAUGUUACAAAUUGAUGCAGAGGUUCAAGGUUCGAACCCUGGUCACGUAUUUCGGAUUUUGACGUUAAAGGUCGGUCCCAGAUGUAAAUAAUCAUACCUGAUUGAUACACAUCUGACAAAACUGAAAUACACCCCUUGGCAUAAACCUAAUAUGUAUAAGCUUCUAUUUUAUUUUGAAGUUCACCCUCACAAAGAAUUUAUUAUAAAAAUAGCAGAAAAAUGAUUACAAAAUAUAUUGGUGAAUGUUGAGGAUUGAAAAAAUUAUUUGAAGUUUAAUUUGUUAUUUGUGACGCCAUAUAGAAGCAGCUUUCCAUAUGUCCUGAAUUUGAAAACUCAAUGAAAUUUUAUUUUCUCCACAAAUUGUUAAUGGUUUUUUUUAUUGUACCUUCAGCAUACAUGUAUCAACUGAUCAUUUCACACCUGUUCCUGACAGACAAAAAUAUUUUAGUCAUCAUGAAUCAUGAAAAAAUUUAACUUCAUGCAUUCGUAUAACAUUACAUAACAUGGGGCAGCUGGUCGUUUAUGACUUCACAAAUCAAAAACUUAAGAUUCUAAUUAGUCUCUUAAUCUUCGAUGGAUUUUCCUCAAACCUUCAACAAUACUUUUUUAUUAUUUUUCUGUUGUUUUUGCAACAAACUUUUUGUCAGGGUAAACUUCCCCUGUAAGUUCUUGUAAUAUUCUCCUGAAUGGUUCAAGUUUUCAAUGUCCUCAUUACAUGAAGCGUGGUGAUACAUGCACAUCGAAAGAGGACUGAAGCCGGCAUCGGAGGCAGCUCGGCUUCUGCGUAACACCUUGUUUUUUUGAAAGCCAGACUGACGCCGGCUCAGACUGAGUCCACCUCUAGAUGUGGUUGGAAAGCGCCUUCAUGCUGAAUUAAGAA